CGGCCCUGACCCUGCGUAAAGCUGAAGACGAACGUCUCUAAAAGACGAGGGCCUCAACCUGGGCUGGAGAAUUGUCCAAAGAACAAAUAAAAGACGCUCAAGCUGACAUCUCCUCGUAUUUGCAUCGCAGUCUACUCAUACCCUUCGAAACCAAAGAGUAAUCUCUCAGACUCUGCUACUCAAUCACCAGUCUUCACAUGCUUCAGGCCCUCCAUUGAUAUUGGUAUACACAUCUACAUUUCACACCACUACCACCGAUCCCAUACACCUCUCUCUUGCGUUUCGUCACACGAAGCCUACCGCGAAAAGCCAGUCUACCCAUCCAUCCCAUCCUUAUAGCAAAAGAAAGUCCAGAAUGUCCCACGGCGCACCCGCACCCCCCACCAUCACCAUCAACGCGUCCGCCGUACCUGCGCCGGCGCCCUCCUCAGCCCUCGGCAGCACACCCGUCACCGCAAUCAGCUCCCCGCCCACAUCAGCGCGCCCACAGAAGCCCGUCCUCGUCAAGACGUGCUACCUCUGCGACGAGCAGAACCCAGGCGACUUCUCGCCCACGACCAAAUUCCUCGAGACAUGCCUGUUGUGCUCACGGAAUUUCUGCCCGAUCCAUAGGUCCGAGUCGUGGGACCAGGUGUGCAACAUCAACCACGCAUCUUACUACCACGAGUGUCUUGACAAGGCGCGGGAGGAGCUGGAUGCCCAGGGCAGAGGCACAGAAGGCAACAAACGCGCGCUCGCCGAGCAAUUGAUCAACGAGGGCAUUUACCCCAGUCUCGGGGAGCGGGAGAAGGCCAUCUUCUCGACGAGUCCUGUCACGGAUGAGAAAAUGCACGAGAUCGAACAGUUUCGCAGUCUCGACGCCGCGUUGACGGGCUCGAAGGGUAAGAAGGGACAGCCAGUGGAGGAGGUGGAUAUCGUCGGGGCAGAUAUCGCUGUAUGAGCGAGCGGUUUAGGUAUGCUACAUCCGAGUUGGGGUGGUUCACCUGCUGGCAGCAAAGUCCGUGAGCCAGGCCUAACAUGGCAUACUCAGAUAAGGAGAAAGGAGAUGCCGGGACAGAGGUUCCCCAUGCUUAUCUUACCUGAGAACUCUUAUGCGUUUCGACUUGAGCCGUAUAAGCCCGGAGAUUGAACGUGCUGCUUUGGCAGAAGAUCAAGAUGGACAACCCAGGUUGCUAUUCACACGUAGAAGAACAACGGGAUAACAGCAGCGACGAGAUAUGUCCUGUCAUAGCAGCGUACAUCACGAUCAAAAUAUUUGUAUACCCUCGAUCCAAGACGAAGAUGUCG